UCAGCGAAGAUGAAGUGAAGCAAUGGUAUUCGGGAUUUUCAAAGGUGUGCCAAAACAAACAGGUAUUACAUGUGACGACAACUUAAUCGAUAACAAAGUGCUUUUUGUAUUCUCUCUAUUGGUAUCCAAAAGGACUGUCCAGACGGGCGACUCACAGAACAAGUUAGCAUUCCUCAAAAUAUAUCAACAAUUUUUCCCAAAAGGAGACCCAAAAAAGUUCGCGUCGUUUGUAUUUAGAGUCUUCGACGACGACAAAGACGGAAUGAUUACAUUUGAAGAGUUUAUCAGAGCGCUGUCGACCACAUCCCGGGGCACAUUAGAGGAGAAGCUUUUAUGGACUUUUAAGUUAUAUGAUUUGGAUAACGAUGGAUUUAUCACACGAGAAGAGAUGAUUCUUAUAAUAGAAGCCAUAUAUCAGAUGUUGGGCCCAAACACUGAGAGUGAAGAUGAAAAUGCCGAGAAGAGAGUGGAAAUGAUAUUCAACCACUUGGAUACAAAUAAAGACGACAAGCUUUCAAUGGAUGAGUUUAUGGAGGGCUCGACACAAGACCCCAAAAUAGUGGCCGCACUCUCU